CCUUGGUCAUUUGUAUGGAAAGGCUGACUGGUACAACUUUACACUGACUGCUGAGAACUUGGUGUCCACAGCCAUGAUUUCACUUUCUCUCCCCGUACAGAUUCCUAUAGAAGGAUUCAUGAUCAUACCCACAGUACCGAUUACGUUUGGAAUUGAACGGCUCUUGGACUUAACGGUCACAGCAGGGAGCCACAUGGAAGUUAUGUCACAAAUGAACGAUUCUACACUUGCUAUCACUGGUAUCAACUCUGAGAAUGGCACUGGUAAAGCCUUGGUGACCACAUCUAACUACAACACCAGUGGUCAGUAUGUUGUACAGGCAAAUAUCACCAACCUAGUCAGUCCUGUCAUCACCUAUGAGAUUAUAGUAUGGAUAGACUAUGCUAUCACUGAUCUCGACAUUCAGAUUGACCGCCCUUUUGUACCAGUGGGAGAAAUCGUCACGUUGAACAUUUCCAUGUUCUGGUGUUCCCGUUUUCAGAUAUCGUAUAAUUGGACAGACAACUCUCCAGAAGACACUAUGUACAUGUCCCUGUUGUCAGCACCAGACUUUAUUGUACAGUCCCACAUCUUCCUAUUACCAGGCAGUUAUCCAACUAACGUGACCAUUACAAACCCUGUAGAUAGGAGCAAUACCCAGCACCUCAUCAUUACAGAAUACGCAGUGAAGAACGUCAGUGUGACGGGACCCAGUGUGUUGUUCCUCGAGAUAAACAGUACUGUAGUGGGGGAGUAUGAACUACUGUUCCAUGGUGGAGUACCACUACCUACUGAUGCCACCUACACUGUGGACUACAAAGACGGGAAUAUGGAAGUGGGAGCUUUUGAGGAGAUAGAGAAGCAGGAGGAUGUGGUGUUGAAUUGCACUGACCUUCUUGGUGUGUGUUCCACUAACUGUACUGAUAGUAACUGUUCCUGUGUAGGAACUUACUGUGUGGACUGUGUAGGUCUGUUGACCCUAUGUAACUGUACAGAUAAUGGGACUAAUUCUUGGGUCAACUGUGACUGCUCUGAUAGGGACUGUCGGAACCAGACUCAAGCAGACAACAGCACAUUGCUCGCCGACACAUUAGCAACAAGCGACGAAGCAUUCCUGAUUGUCCUCCCCCAUGAGUAUGUGUUAUCUGGGACAUACAAUGUGUCUGUUAAUGUGUCAAAUCUGGUGAGUUACAUGGUGUUCUACAUUCUCCUCAAUGUAGACGAGCCUAUAUAUGACCUAAGAUUGGUGUCCUCGGAUAUAUAUGUGGCAGUGGAUACUUACUGCGACUUGACUAUGACAAUGAACUGGGGCUCCCGUGCCUCCUGUAACUGGAACCUGGGUCAUGGUAUCUCUGUCUUUUCUCUUCCAUGUGAUCGUUUUGCCCCAUCUGUAUAUUCCCACCUAUUUGAUACUAUAGGUGUAUAUGACACAAUUGCCACAGCCAACAACAGUCUCAGCUCUGUGACGGUGAAGUCAUCUUCAGGUCUGAUCUACGUACAACAGCCAGUAGAUGGCUAUUCCAUAGAGUGUGUGAAUCUGACUAGCUAUAUUGGACCUCCGUAUACAGUAUCAUAUCUCCUUACUGUUGAUUUCCGUGUCCUGUUUGAUACCGGUAAGCCCCCUCCCACCAAUGUUUCCUACACCAUUGACUUCGGUGAUGGCACGGUUACGGCUCCUGCUGAAAUGCCAGUCAACAUUACAGAGCCAGGUUAUAGUCCCCCUUUUGACCUAGUUCUGUCCACAUCUCACACCUACACCUAUGGUAGUAACUACACGGUUAAGUUGGCGGCCUGGAACCUUGUUAGCAGCGAGACCUACACCUGUUCACAUGACAUAUAUGAGGGAAUAGUAUCAGUGUCUGUAAAACUGUAUGACUAUGAUCCCAUUACUCAGAUAAAGAAGGAAGGCAGUGGGCCAGAUAAAAACUACUUUACACUAGAACAUCCGGUUCUGAUGGAAGUCUCUAGCAUACGGGGUUCCCACAUGUAUUAUACCUGGUCAUAUGGUGAUGGUAUAUCCGAGACUAUAUACUUUACUCAUGCAACCUCUCACAUGUACUUAACUGAUGAACAGUUCAACAUGACACUGAAGGCUUACAAUAUCAUCAAUGAACAAGUCAUUUCAACAAACGUGAUUAAUAUUCAGCGUAGAUGUUUCGAUACAGCUCUUUCCUGCUUCCAUCCAAAUGCUAAAAACACCACAUUUUACUUCACUGUUGAUGGGGGCAAUGUGGCAAGUAGGGCAUGUUAUCUGAUAGAUUUAGAUGAUCAGUUGUCUGAUCCAAGUCAGUUCCUAUUUCUGGGGGAGCUUUCUGAGUGUGCCACCAUUCCUCAGUGGGCAGUGUACUGGAAUGAUCCUGUGGUACCGCGAUUGGAAUUGUCCUCUGAUGUUUGGCACCAUAACAAGACAACCAAUGGAGGAAUAUACAAUGUCACGUUCACUACCAAGUUUAUGUACCAAGGACUUUACUCUGUAAACAUGCAGUGUAUGAACAAAGUUUCCCAAACUUCCGUGUCAUGGAUGACUGGUGUGACAAAGGGACCAUGCUGGUGGCCAGCAGUGAACCUCACUCGUCCCAACAAGUGUCGGGUAUCUAACUGUGACAGUAGUCUACCGAAUGUGAAAAUUUCCUACAAGUCACAUCAGCUUGUGGUUCAGUCUGAUGUCUACAUCAACUGUUCCUCUACCAAAAUAGCCUACUAUGCUUGGCAAGUGUUUUUAGUCAAUGAAACUGAUCGCACGGAGUCAGAGGUGAUAGAUCUUGGUGGUGCUGACACAUACUCAGUGUCUGCCCGAAACCUUAUCAUAGCCGGAAGGACCUUAGAACUUGGCCUUUAUCGGUUUCAUCUCAAUGUAAGUAUGAACGAGGAGAUGGGGAUGUUUGGUGCUGAUUCUGUCUAUAUUCGUGUUGUUUCCACUCCCCUGGUAGUUACCAUAGCUGGCGGUGAUUUGGUCAAGAGACAGUGGGGGUCUGAUGUCCCAUUACAGAUAGAUGGUAUUACGGAGACAUAUGACCCUGACCUUGAAAAGUCAGACAAGAGUGGAAUGAAGUUUGUGUGGCUCUGUCGUCGUCUCUGUGAGGAAUGGCCAACUUAUGAUGCUGAAUACGACAAGAUACUGGUACCCAUGGUAACCAACUGUACGUACCAGUUGGAUGCCCUUGAUGACCGUGGUUGUAACAAAAUUGAUAAUGUAGACACUGCAGGGAAGGUGCCCAAUGCUACUGCUGGCAUUCUUCAGGUGUCUACAGGUGAACUGUAUGAGAUGGACUAUGUGGAGUACAAGCUUAUCGUCUUCAAAGACAUACGUAAGACAGAGGAUACCCAAGUGAUCUAUGUUACAGCUGGGGACCCACCUACUGUCGGCAUCAAAUGUGUAACCAAUUGCGGGCCGAGUGUUAACCAUGACAGUCGUUACUCCCUGGAAUCCUUGAUUAUAGGCUGGACAAGGGGAGCCUUCUACUACUACAUAGUCAAUAUUAUUGAGAUCCAUAUGAGGUCAAAGGAUGACAAGUGUAUUUCUGAACAGUCUUUCAGCAUCAAUAGGAAGCCUUAUAAUGGACAGCUGAGUGUCACACCAACCACAGGCUACUCUUAUACAGACAACUUUUUCAUCUCCGCAUCAAAUUACCAGGACGAUGAUGGUGAUAACUAUUUUACUUAUAAGUAUGGUUACAUUCUGGACAGUGGAUUACCAAUCUGGUUCCACACAUCUAACUCCCCCAGCACUGAAGGGUAUGACCCUCCCAUACCUGAUGGCCUACCAGCUAACAACUAUAGAGUGACUAUCAUAGUGAGGGCCUAUGACAGUAGUGGUGGCUUUGCUGAUGCAACUACAGAUAUUACGGUGUUUCCACCUCAAACUCCUGAAGAGAUGUCGGAGAUCCUUUCCAAUGCCACCAAGCCUGAGGGGAUAUUACAGACCCUCACUGUUGCAGCAGGCAUGGAGGUGGCACCUGUACUUAAUGUUAUUGGCAAAUUUCUAAAUGAUGAGUCUGAUGAUCCUUCUAUAACAACGUCCUCCUCUGGUGACAUCAUGUCCACUACAACCAUGGGUCCCGUAAAUGUAACAGAAAUGGAUGCUGCUGCUGUUGCUGACCUGAUAGCCCAGGAAAAUGAAAUCAAACUACAAAACAGGAUCAAUACACGUACUCAGGGUGUGGAGGCCCUUGCUCGUGUGCGACCUCCAACAGCUCGAGAAAUGCAUAACCUAGCCUCCUGUCUAGCACAACUCUCGUUAAAAGAGGAUGAAAUCUCACUAGAGGCACAGGAGCAGGCAGUAACAUUAUUAGUGAACUACCAGUCUGAUCUGGGUACAAGCCUGAUCCAGGAUCUAUCAGCGGAUGACCUUGAGGAGAUGAUUACAGACUUGUUCAGUGUUGCUGUAAAUUUUGCCCAUGCAGCCAGUAAGGCCGUUGACACAGCAGAUAAUGCCCUUUCUGUGUUAGAAGCUGAGUACCUUGCUGCCCUGGCUGCUGCAGCAAAUGCCACAGAAUCUUCGCCCACUUUAUCCCCAGUGAUGACAGAUGUGGACUAUGUUGUACAGCAGACAGUCAUUCUAGGGCAGAAAGAAAGGGCAAAACAAAGAUGCCAGGCCUUUGAGAGUGCCAUAAGGAAUUUGGCAGGUACUGUGUCAGGAAGGAAGGUUGCAGGGGAGAGGAACUCCACCUUCCAUACAAACAAACUUGAUCUCAUCCUCAACAAAGCUCUAACAUCGGACAUUAAUGACAAUUUAGAUAUAGGUUUGGGCCACACCUCUGUUGUCAUGCCAAAGUCUCAGUCAAUGUUUGGAGAAGAUGGAAACUCAUCAACAACUUUUGCAGAAAUUUUGGCAUUUAAGACAUCAUUUAAUCUGUAUACAGCAGUUAAUUCCACUCAAAGCCAGGCUACAAAAGUCACCAGCGAUGUUAUCAAUCUCUCCAUGAAAAACGACACAGGUGGAGAUGCACAAAUCCACAACCUUCCCCAGUACCUUGAUCUGUUUAUGGACCGAACGGGGCAUGAUCAAAAUGUUUCCUCAGUCCAAAGUACUACCAAGGAGUGGAAUGCUGCUAUGGUGAUACACUCGGUUACUAUACAAUCAAGUGCCUCCCUCCAUAUACACCUUAAUCAAGUGUUCAACUUGUCAGAUGUGGAAGAUCACAUAAUGUUUCCCUCAAAUGACACCAACCAGACUAUUACAGAUUUCUACCUGGAGACACGCCCCGUCAUUUACCACAUCUUUAUCAGAGCUGGUGAGUCUCCCACAAUCACGGACUUUGACUUUAACUGUACCCUGCCUCUCUCUGACAACGAUCUGGCUGAUCUCGUGUCCUACAUGGAUAACACCAACUACGAGAACGACACAGUCUCCAGACUUGACUAUGUCACGGAUACUCCAGACAGAUACACAUGUUUCUUGUCCAACAAACAACUCAAAAUGAAUGAGUCGACCAUUUACUAUAUUGGGGUGAAGCACCUAAUUGAGGGAGAGGACCCAUUCACAUUACUUAGUAGUGGCAAUGGGACAGGCAUUCCUAAUACAACUACUACAACAACCACCACUACAACAACCACUACAACAACCACAACUCUACCUCCAACAACUACUGAAUGUAAAGGGAAAAAUUGUAAAAAAAAGAAGUCAAAAAAUGGUGCCGUUGUUACUACCACUACCGUUCCGGUUACCACUGUCCCUCCAGGAACCUAUCUCCAGUCAGUUUAUUCUAUGAAGCUGUUCUCUGCGUUUUGUAUAUACUUUGAUGAAGCGACCGAGUCCUGGAGUGACAAAGGUGUUUAUGUUGGUCCCCUGACUCGGCCGGAUAAAAUCCACUGCCUCAGUAAUCACAUGACAGCCUUUGGUGCAGGCUUCAGUGUUCCCAUGAACACUAUGAAUCUGAAUGAUUCGGCCUUCACCAAACUUAAUGAGAACCCGGUCAUAUUUGCCACCAUGGUGUCUAUCAUGUGUCUGUAUCUCCUCCUCCUCAUCUGGGCACGCAAGAAGGACAAGAAAGACUUUAUUAUGGCGGGUGCCUCCCCUCUCCCUGACAAUGAUCCCAGGGAUAAAUACCUGUAUGAACUCCUGGUGUUUACAGGAUCACGCAAAGCUUCAGGAACAACUGCCAAGGUCUCCAUCAUCCUGACAGGGGAACAGAGUGAGACACCUCCUCGCUACAUCGCUGAUGAGAAGAGGCCGGUACUACAGCGUGCGAACACUGACUGUUUUGUGAUGGCCACACCAAAGUGUCUGGGAAAACUAACCCAUCUCAGGGUUUGGCAUGACAACAUGGGAUCAAGUCCUUCCUGGUACUUCAGUAGGAUGCAGGUCACAGACCUGCAGACUGGUGACAAGUACUACUUCAUCGGGGAACACUGGCUCUCCCUAGAUGACAGUGAGGGCCUGAUUGACCGAAUGAUCCCCAUUGCUGGAAAGAAAGACUUGACAAGCUUUAACUACCUGUUCUGGUCCAAGGCCAAACACAACCUGGCAGAUGGCCACAUUUGGUUCUCUGUGUUCCAGCGACCAGCACGUAGCCAUUUCUCACGUGUUCAGCGACUCACCUGCUGCCUGUCACUUCUCUUCUGCACCAUGUGUUCUAGUAUUGCCUGGUAUGGUGCCGACUUUGGAGCCUCACCCCAGGAGUACAAGCUGGGUCCUAUGACCUUCACCUUAACAGGACUGUAUGUUGGUCUGAUGAGUGGAAUGAUGGCCCUGCCCAUCAACAUACUACUUGUCAUGAUAUACCGUUACUCCCGGGCGCCCCUCCCUCCAAAACCGAAAAUGGAUGGCAAAUAUGCAGAUAUUACUGAAGAAGUGUCAUCACUUGAACAGGAGAAAUCAGUUUUAGAGGUUGAUCUGGUGCAGUUAGAACUUGAAAAGGAACUUAAACAUAUAGAUGCCCUGGAGAAAGUGGAUAGCAAACCUGAUGAAAAAAGAAGAUUUUCUAAGUCAACUACCCCUAUUAUCACAAGGCCUAAGGCCAGACCAGAUACAAAAAAGAAGCGCCGGCUACCAUCAUGGUUUGUGUAUGUUGGUCAUACAUUGGCUUUCUGUUCUGUGGCAGUUGCAUUUUGGGCUACAGUAGAGUUUGGUGGGUCCUUUGGCAAGGCAAAAUCAGAGGAAUGGCUAUUGUCUUUUUUUGUGUCUUUCUUUGAGUCCGUAUUCCUCUCCCAGCCCAUAAAGGUCAUUGUGAUUGCCAUAUUUUAUGCAAUGGUCAUCAAAAAGCCGGAUACCAGCACAGAUGACCAACCAUUGGCUGGUGGUCUGGCAGACGAUGAAGAGUUCCUUCACCAACAUUACACGGAGACCGACAUUAACGAUCCUCGUAAGCUCCAGGCUAUAGAGGACUUGAAGAUGACUGCACCUUUACCUCCAGAGGUGGACUUCCUCAACACAGCCAAAGAAGAGAGAGCUAAAGAGUUGGCCAUGUAUGCGAUGCUGAAAGAGGUCGGUCUAAGCCUCAUCUUCCUCUACUUGGUCCUUCUGAUUGCCUACACGAACCGAGAUCCAUGGUCCAACCAUCUUCACAAAAACUAUGAUAAAAUCUUCAACAAGGUCACCUAUGCCUGGAGCACUGAGAAUUACAGUAUGCCAUUUUACAAGAUCCAUUCUUAUGAAGAUUUCUGGAACUGGACACAGUACUCAUUGUUACCGGGCUUGUACAAGACAGAAUGGUACAAUGGCGACCUCAUGGAGGACCAGACCAUACAGGAUGCACAGUCCAUCUUAGUCGGCGGAGCCCGACUGCGUCAAUUACGCAUAAAGCCACACCAUUGUCUCAAACCUCUGAAUUUCUUCUCAAUCCUUUGUCGUGAUGAAUAUUCAUUUGGAAGAGAGGACAAAGAGGACUUUCUGGCUGAGUGGCAGACAUUUGACCACGCAGUUGAUGUGCCAGAUGAACAAUUUACAUACAAAUCUAUAUGGGAUUUGGACGGCUUGCCAUACUGGGGGAUAUUUGGUAUGUACAAUGGUGGAGGUUAUGUGGCUGACCUCGGUCCAGAUCUCAAUACAGCCGUCAGCACUUUCAACACUAUCUUAGACAAACAAUGGAUCGAUUUCCACACUCGUGCCGUGUUUGUGGAAUUCAACUUGUACAACCCGAAUCACAACUUGUGGGGUGUGUGUCUGUACCUACUGGAACUCUUACCAACUGGAGCUUUUCAGACAUUUCCACAUUUCCAUGUCUUUAAGCUGGAACGUUACGUUGGCUCAUUCAUGUACUUUGUAAUGGCCACAGAAUUUAUCACCGUACUCUUCAUUCUCUUCUACACUUUUCGGGAACUCAUGAAAAUAAAAAGAGAAGGCUGUGAAUAUUUCAAAUGUUUUUGGAACUGGUGGGAUAUGCUGACCGUUCUGUUUUCCCUCAGUAUUGUCCUGGUGUUUAUUUGGAGGACAGUGGUCAGUAUACAGGUCAUGGCCAAAAUUAGGGAGAACCCCACAUCGUAUGUUAACCUGUACAGGGCCGUGCAGUUAGAUGAGGUGUGUGGUUAUUUCCUCGCUUUUGUGGUUUUCAUGCUGAACAUACGUUUCCUGCGACUGCUUCGAUUCAACAGGAAGAUUUCAUUAUUUGCACUGACUAUGAAGCAUGCGUCAUGGUCACUCCUGAGUUUUGGAGUUGUGUUCCUUAUUGGAUUCCUGGCAUUCUGUGCCACAGCUUAUAUGUUCUUUCAGUCCAUCCUCUUCAACUUCCGGUCCUUUGUCACCACAAUGGAAACUCUCCUGUCCAUGAUGCUAGGAAAGUUUGACUAUAAGAAAGCCAUGACGACCACUCGUGUGACCGGCCCACUGCUGUUUGGUCUCUUCUGUCUCUGUUUCAAUUUUGUAUUGGUCAACAUCUUUCUGUCCAUCGUCCUCUACAGCUUUGAGGUGGUCAGAAAAGACAUAAACCACCAGUCAAAUGAGCAUGAGGUCAUAGACUACAUGGUCAACAAGUUCAAGCUGAUGCUGGGUAUAGGGAAACCCAAGAAGAAGUCAACCCCCUUCUUCAAUGAUCCACGAAAGAGCAGGAUCAAGUACAUAGAAGGUAAGUCUCCGGAGGAGAAAAAGGCUGAUGAACUUGACGAUCGGAUAACAAAGCUGGUCACUGUCUGUCAGAACAUUGUCUCCAUUGACUCAGACCAAGGGGAUGAAGGCAUUGAGGAGGAAAUAGAGACCAUCCAGAAGAGAAAAAAGCGGAAGAUUAAGGUUGCUUGAGUCAUAGUGAUACUUUACACUGCUAAAGUGGACUCUUCACUCUCAUCUCUUCUGAUAGAAAAAUAAUACUUAACGAUUGGAUUUCAUGACAAACUCAUUUAAGGCUUAAACUUUAAAAUCACUGACUCUGAAUGUCCACUCAAGACAUUUUGAGCUCAUAUUAACAUAAAGUAUUUGAUAUGAAGUAUUUCAUGUCUUAAUUCUAUCAGUAUAUGUUCAACUUUGCUGAUUUUGCAAUUUCAAUACAAAUGUACAGUGGAACCUCUAUAAACCGAACAUGCAUGGGACAUUGAUAUUUGUUCGGUUUACAGAGGGUUCGGUUUGGAGAAGUUGGUCAAAAUAACCGGUCGAGUUCCGAAUAUAAUUGGUCGGACGAUGUUAGAUUGUACCCGAUUACAAACCGACACUAGGCCUACUAUACGCACAUAGAUAAUUUGGUUUGUCUGAAGAA